GUGUCCUCUCUGAAACCUUUUCCAUUCCUCUCCAUCUCUCUAUCAAUCUUACAUCCUCUGUGUCUGUCUCUUUUGGUAUCAUCACAAAGGUGGGGGCGUGAGGCAGUGUUCACUACCUUGCUCGCGCGCCGGGGCACCCCAGCCUCUUCGAGUCUUGCCUCAUUGAAGCCUUGCCUCGGGUCGUCUGGACGUGACCACCAUUGGUCAUGCUCGACUUUUUUGCUUAUUUUGCCGGUCGAGUACCGGCGCCAGCCGACGAGGCGCAGCAAUCCAGCGCCAUCCAAAGCAUCAUCGACUCGAUCAAUCGCGAACGGCGCCUCGUGGCCACCAAUCUCGGCGUGUUACAUGGCUACGUGUCGGCCAUCUUCGGCACCUUGGCCGUCGGCUUGGAAAUUGCUCUGCUGCCUCCGAUUCGCGUGGCUAUCCUUGGUUCAUGUAGCGCCCUCCGUCUGUCAUGGACCGAGUGCAUUGCAUGGGCACCGCUCUUUACGGUCAAUGCCAUUUUGGAAGAGGCUGCUUUCCAUCUGGGCAUUGGUGUUAUGCAACGCGUCUUGAAUCCACUGCGCCACCGCUACAAGAGCUAUGUCAUCAACGGUCUCUAUAUUGCCACCUCAGUCACCUGUGCCACCCUCCUCGCCUUUCCCGUGCGCUUCGCUCUGGUCCACGGCAUCCUUGGCGUCUUACCGCAUACAUGCAUGAUGUCUUACCGUGGUGUCGUUCAGCGCACGCUGGGCAUAGUUGGCACCCACAUCUGGCCGUGGCAGCAAGAUCCACUUGUUUUUUUGCAGCAGCACGAAGAAAGCGCUCUGUUAUUGCUGGGAAGCGCGCUGAUUCAUAACCUGGGCACCACAUUCCUCGGCCGGAGCCUGCUCUGGGCUUUUCGCCCUUAUCACCGGCAACUCGUCGCCAAGCGCUCCCACGAGGAGUACGUGGCAGUGCGGGACUCGUGCACGCCUCUUCUCUUCACGCAAGCCUUUGUGCGGGGUGUCAGCGACAUCCUUGCUCUCCCCUUUGUGAUUGCGGGCAUGACACUGAUGAAGCAUGAGUUGCUCGGUGUCAAAGCGGGCUUUAACAUGCACCCCGAGUACGUGCGUGCGGCUGGACUAACCUUCCUGGGAAGCCUGGUGUUGUGUGGCAUUGCCUAUCUACAUUACAGUUUGUGCUUGGACAUGGAGCAGCGGCGACCACCGGCGCCAACCAGCCAUCUGACGACUGGUCAAAUCAGUCACAGGCCGGCCCAACCCGACCAGUCACUGCUGACAGCCCCAACGAUACACCAUGGCAUGAAGAGGGGUGGAGAGAGAUAG